UUUUUUUUUCUUUUUUUCUUUUUCUUUUAUAAUUAUUAACAUGACCAAGAUUGCCCCUUCACCUGCCCUUGACUUUGGUAUUACUGCUGAACAAGUUGCUCAGAUUACAGACGAGAUCAUUGCAGCAGAAUUAGCUGUUAAUGACCAAGUUGCUGCUUUGAAACCAGAAGAACAAACGUAUGAAAACAUCGUUGUCCCUUUGGCUCGUAUUUCAAAUGAAUUAUCAGGCAAGGCACAGCUCGUCAGUUCACUUAGUCAAUUCUCUCCUGAUGCUGCCAUUCGUGAGGCUUCAGUUGAAGCAGAAACAAAAGUAGACCAAUUCUACAUUGAACAGAGUAUGCGUCAUGAUCUUUAUACUGUUGUUCAAAGCUUUAUUUCCAAGACGGAUUUGGAUCAACUUGACGCCGAAGAUGCUCGUAUGCUUCAAAAGAUGGAACAAAACUUCCGUCGUAACGGACUUCAUCUUGGUCAAGAACAACGUGAUGAAUUAAAGAAACUCCGUAAGAACUUGAGUGAACUCUGUAUUGAAUUCAACAAGAACUAUGCUCGUGAAAAUAGCACUAUCACGUUUACCAAAGAAGAAUUGGAAGGACUUGACGAUGACUUUUUAGGUGGUUUAAAGACAACUGAAGAAAAUGGAGUAACAAAAUAUGUUUUAACAAUGAAGUAUCCCGAUUAUCUUCCAGUAAUGAAACUAUGUAAAAAUGAAGAGACAAGAAAGCGAUACAACAUUGCUUACACUUGUCGUAACAAGGAAAACGUUCCUUUGAUGGAACAAGCUGUCAAGAUUCGUAGACAAGCUGCAAAGUUAUUAGGCUUUAAGAACCAUGCUGCUUUUGUCCUUGACGUCAAGAUGGCAAAGACUGUGGAAGCUGUUGAAUCAUUCUUGAAUGAUUUGGUCAGUAAAUUAAAAGAACCUGGUCAACAAGAGAUUGAACGUCUUAAGGGGCUUAAAAAGGUCGAGAAAGAAGCUCGUGGGGAACCGUUUGAUGGUGAACUCAACAGCUGGGAUACCAGUUACUAUGAGCGUAUUCUGCUUGAAACUGAUUAUGCUGUGGAUCAAGAACAGAUAAAGAAAUACUUUAGCUUAGAAAACACUAUUCAAAAAAUGUUGGAGAUUUACGAAAAGGUAUUGGGUCUCAAGUUUGUAAAGGUCCCUGCUGAAAAGGCAGUUGUCUGGCACCCUGAUGUUCAACUCUUUGAAUGCUGGGAUGCAGUUGAAGAUCAAAGCUUCUCUGGAUACAUGUAUCUUGACUUGUUCCCUCGUGACAACAAAUAUCCUCACGCUGCUUGCUUUCCACUCCAGCCUUCUUAUAUCGCAGCUAAUGGUGAACGUGUUGCACCUAUUGCUGCUAUGGUUGCCAACUUUACUAAGCCUACUGCCGAUAAGCCCUCAUUAUUAAAGCACGAUGAAGUUGUUACUUUAUUCCAUGAAUUGGGCCAUGUAAUGCAUCAUUUGUGUAGUCGAACAAAGUAUGCUAGGUUCCAUGGUACAUCCGUUGAAGGUGACUUUGUUGAAGCUCCUUCCCAGAUGUUGGAAAACUGGUGCUACGACCCCAAGUCUCUCAAACACAUUAGCGCUCACUUUGAAACAGGUGAGCCUAUCCCAGACGAAAUUAUUCAACGUAUUGUCAAGGCCAAGAACGUGGAUGCCGCCACACAGAACCUGCGUCAACUGUUCUUUGGUAUUUUUGAUAUGACACUUCAUACUUCUGAAGACGAAAACCUUGAUUCUACCAAGCUUUACAAUGACUUGCGCAAAAAGAUCUCAUUAAUUGAAGCACCCAAGGAUACAUAUGGCCAAGCUGCAUUUGGACAUCUCAUGGGUGGCUAUGAUUCUGGUUAUUACGGCUACCUUUGGUCAAAGGUAUUCUCUAGUGAUAUGUUUUAUAGCAAGUUUGAAAAGAAUACGCUUUCUCCUGAAGCUGGUUAUCAGUAUCGUAAAGAAAUUCUUGAAAAGGGAAGCAGCAGGGAUGGCAUGGACUCACUCAAGGCUUUCCUUGGACGUGAACCUUCUUCUGAUGCCUUUAUGAGAGAAGAAAUUGGUGUUCAUUAAAUAAAUCUUGCCUUUGUUAUCAGUGAAUAAAUUUGUUUAAUUGUAAUACAUGUCUGACA